ACUCUAUAUAAACAUAUGCCCUUUGGUCUGUUCUGUACUGCAAUUUGGGAGAAACCUGAGCUGAUAGCCAUGUCUGCCUUUCGGUCUUUCUUCAUGUGCUUUGUGGUAGCUGCCGCUAUUGUGAUCCCUAUAUCUGCACAACUCUCUCCUGAUUUUUAUGACAAGUUGUGCCCGCAGGCAUUGCCCACCAUUAGAUCAAUUCUCAAAAAGGCAAUCUAUCAUGAGCCACGCCUUGGAGCAUCACUGCUUCGAGUGCACUUCCAUGACUGUUUUGUGAAUGGUUGUGAUGCAUCAGUUCUGCUAGACGACACCCCCAACUUCAUUGGUGAGAAGACAGCCGGGCCCAAUCUCAAUUCCCUUAGGGGUUUUGAAGUGAUAGAUGAAAUCAAAGAAGCCGUUAACUCAGCUUGCUGUGGCAAUGUGGUGUCAUGUGCAGAUAUCCUAGCUGUUGCAGCUCGCGACUCUGUUGCCAUUUUGGGAGGUCCAUCAUACCAAGUAUUAUUGGGCAGAAGAGAUGCAAGAACAGCAAGUCUUAACGAUGCAAACAGCAAUCUCCCACGUCCAAUUUUUGACUUCCCAGCGCUUCUCUCGAACUUUCAAAAUCAUGGGCUAGAUCUAAAUGACCUUGUUCUGCUCUCAGGCGGCCACACCAUUGGCCUUACCCGUUGCACCAAUUUCAGGGACAGGAUCUACAACGAGACCAACAUAAAACCCAAGUUUGCUGCCUCCUUGCGUGGGAUAUGCCCUAAAGAGGGAGGAGAUGACAACACAGCAACUCUAGAUGCUACAACAGCAAACUUCGACACAGAGUACUUCAAAGACUUGCUGAAACUAAAGGGUCUCCUCCAUUCUGAUCAGGAGCUCUUCAAGGGUGUUGGCAGUGCUAGCGAUGGUCUAGUGCAAUACUACAGCAACAACCCAGGAGCCUUCUUUGCAGACUUCGGUGUUUCCAUGAUCAAAAUGGGCAACAUGAAGCCUCUCACUGGAUCUGACGGAGAGAUCAGGAUGAAUUGCCGGAAAAUCAAUUAACUAGGACUACAUUAUCAUUAUCAUGUGGGUAAUACAACAAAUAACCUGGAGAAUUGUUUGUGUAAAUCUCCAUCUCCUUCAGUUUCCCAGAGUGUAACUUCAGCUUAUUUCUUCUCUUCUCCUCACUCUCCCCAAGGGCCCAAGUCCAUGUCAAAAUCAUGUUGUCUUCUGUGAUAUCCAUUUCAUGGAUUCACAACUUUGUUAUGUACUACCUUAUUGUAUUGUUCGGUGAAAGAAAUGAGAAAACCACUUGUCCA